AAGUAAUGGACUACACCUAUGAUGCCGAUUUGGAAGAAUUGUGUCCUGUUUGUGGAGAUAAGGUCUCAGGAUACCACUAUGGACUCCUUACAUGUGAAAGUUGUAAGGGCUUCUUCAAGAGGACAGUCCAGAAUAAUAAGAGGUACACUUGUGCAGAAAACCAGGAGUGUAAAAUAGACAAAACACAGCGGAAGAGAUGUCCCUUCUGCCGAUUCCAGAAAUGCCUCAAUGUUGGCAUGAGAUUAGAAGCGGUGCGUGCAGACCGCAUGCGUGGGGGCAGGAAUAAGUUUGGCCCCAUGUACAAGCGGGACAGAGCCAUGAAGCAGCAGAAGAAGGCUUUGAUCCGUUCCACAGGCUUCAAGCUGGAUUCUGCUCCUCCACAGCUCUCGCCUGUACAGACUAACUAUGGCUUCACCGGCACCCUGCACAGCCUCCCCUCCCUCCCCAAAGGCCUUAUGCCCUCCAUCCCAGCCUCCAUCAACCACACAGACUACGAGGCCAGCCUCUACGGACCCCCCUCCCUGGGGGUGGCCAUGCAACCCCAUGGGCCCCUGCCCACCCAGUACCAAUACACAGCAUUCCCCAGCAGGGCCAUCAAGUCUGAGUACCCUGACCCCUACACAAGCUCCCCAGAGUCUCUGGUGGGGUACCCCUUACCGGACGGGUACCCCUCCGGUGGCUCCCCGCAGCUUCCCAGCCAGCCCCCCCUCGUGCUGGAACUGCUGCGCUGCGACCCAGAUGAGAUGCAGGUGCAGAUUAAGAUCAUGGCCUUCUUGCAGCAGGAGCAGAGUGGCCCGGGCAGGCAGGAAAAGCUCAGCACCUUCAGCCUCAUGUGUCGCAUGGCCGACCAGACUCUGUUCUCCAUAGUGGAGUGGGCCAGAAGCUGCAUCUUCUUCAAGGAGCUCAAGGUGGGGGAUCAGAUGAAGCUUCUUCACAACUGUUGGUCUGAGCUGCUGGUUCUGGACCAUGUCUACAGACAAGUGCAGCACGGGAAGGAGAGCAGCCUGUUGCUGGUUACUGGCCAGGAGAUGGAUCUGUCAUCCAUGGGGUCCCAGGCGGGGGUGACUCUUUCAGGCCUGGUCCAGAGAGGACAGGUGCUGGCUGGGAGGCUGCUGACCCUGCAGGUGGACAGGAGAGAGGUUGCCUGCCUUAAGUUCCUCCUUCUCUUCAAUCCCAAUGUAAAGCUGUUGGAGAAUCAAGUGUUUGUGGAGAGUGUUCAGGAGCAGGUGAAUGGGGCUCUGCUGGAAUACACUCUGUGCACCUACCCCCUGUACCUGGACAAGUUCAGCCAGCUGGUGAUGCGUCUGCCGGAGCUGCGAGCCCUCAGCACCCAGGCAGAGGACUACCUGUGCUACAAACACCUGAGUGGGGAGGUGCCCUGCAACAACCUGCUCAUCGAGAUGCUGCAUGCCAAGAGGGCCUGUGUAUGAGCACCAUGCUACCAUCACUAUACACCAACAGACUGUCUGUGGGACUGACGCUGUGGAAGCCAGACAGGGUUUACGAUUACAGCCCAGAGAGAAUGAUGUGUGUGUUUCUGUGUGCGCGUGUGUGUGUGCAUGCUUGCGUGCGUGAGCAGCCCCUCUGUCCCAGGUGUGUGUAAACAGAAUUUGGACUUGUGUUUUUGGCAGUUCUUUAAAUGUACAUAGAUAACAUUUACAAAGGAAGCUUUGUUAUGAUACUGUGCGUAAAUGUAACUUUUACCUUUUGUUGAAUUCAGUAGAGUGAAAUGUUAUAUCAGAGCUAGUGAAGAUAUUUCAGAUUCUUCAGAUGAAAGAGGCACUAUAAAACACGUAAUUCAGACUUGUCCUAGCCUUUCAAAUAUAGUGUAAACACUACAUUUAUUUGAGCACUUGUUCCUUUGUAAAUUGUCACCAACUUUACCACAAAAAAUGGUUGUGUGAAAAAUAAGUUAUGUUCAAUAUAUUUUUUUCUUUCUAUUAGAUAUUGAUAUUCUAAUAUAUUAUCUACACGUGUUUACAAGAAUCACAUGAGCACACUCAUAUUCAGUUUAAGCCUAGAGUCGAUGUCUUUGCUCCCGCGGAAAUUGAAUUAGCAUAAUACAAAAAUCGACAUAAAUACCUGUCAGUUUAAGCUAGAGAUAUAUUUUUGUUGUUUCAUUGGAUGCGUCUCAAUCCAUCGCAUCCCCCGAUGUCGCACUGCUGCAUCUGCGGUGAAAGGUGACAGAGCUAAAGCGCUGUUUGUCAGACCAUGA